UCGGGGUCAGAGCUUUAAAUGGGUUUGAAGCUCAUGGGUUGAAUAUGGAGUUGGAGUUAGGAUGUGGUCGACUCCGCUCCGUCCGCCUCCACAGAGACUGGAAGCAGAGAAACCGAGGCAGCGCUGCUUUAACCCUCCUUCCAGCCAACAUGAGCCCAGACACAAAGCGCUCCAGCGCCUGCUCUCUCCCUGCUUUAGUCCUUCCCACCGCCGGGUUCUGUUGACGAUCACCCACCCACACAUGGACAUGUGCUCCAUCCAAGCUAAACACUGGCCUCCCAUCACAUGCUGCAGCGGCGCUGGCCUCGCGGCCUGAUUGGAGCGUUAGCGGGCGGCACCGCAUCAGAAAGCACCAGGUGAGCGGAGCCACCGCGAAGAGCUUGACUUUCACUUCAGGAGCUAUAAAUACAGGCACCCUGAGCUGGAGACCCCUCCCGAAUAAAAGUCUAUAUUUAAGACGUCUACACUUUCAUUCCAGGAAAUGCCGACAUAUUUAGUAAUGCUAAUGAAACAUGCUAGUAUUUACAAAUAGAGUCCACGUGAGCCGUACUGUAAGUGUCAGUCUGAGGGCGGCUGUGUUUGAGCAGGGAGGUCGUUCUCAGGCGUUAUCUCCGCAGGCGCCCUGGAUCCGGUCCAGGCUCAGGACUGAGCGCCCGGUGCCGCUGCAGACACUGAUAGUGCUGCUCGGAACAGAGCGACCGACUGAUGCAGGGCAGCUCUAGGGGAGAGUCCUGCUGACGGCUCAUCUGCCCUCAGCGGGUGCUGCGUCACCUGGACGACCUCCUCAAUCAACCAUGACCGUCUCCACAGCUUCACGCUUCCUCUGCAGCCUUCUACACCGUGACGCUGGAACACUGCGUCCCCACAGUCACGUGGAGGGUGUGUUGGUGACCCAGCGCCUCAGAUGCACGCUGGGUUGUGUAAUUCACUGUUUCUGUUCACAUGUUUGAUGUCACUGAACCCUGUGAGAACACACACAGUAACGGGUCCAGCACGAGUCUUUACGGGCAUCAGGGCUUUAGCUCUGGUUUGGGCUCCACCACCUCCCGCUCUGAGUCACUGUGUGUUUGUUCUUCCUUCCAGACUCCAACACCUAUUUAUUCAUUUUCUUCUGAGGACACAACUGGUCCCAGUCAUGGAGCUGCCGAAGCUUUCCAAUGGUCACCAGCAGCCUGCUGUGGGCGUGCUGGGGGACAGCUGCAGCGUUCGACCAGAGGAGGAGAAGUUCAUUCAGCACAAGAGCGACGGGAAGAAGAGGCCUCAGUUCACCGACUUUGAAGGUAAAACCUCCUUCGGGAUGUCGGUGUUCAACCUGAGUAACGCCAUCAUGGGAAGCGGCAUCCUGGGCCUGUCGUACGCCAUGUCCAACACCGGCGUGGUGCUCUUCCUCCUCCUGUUGACCUGCAUCGCCUGCCUGUCCUGUUAUUCCAUCCACCUGCUCCUGCGCAGCGCUGGAGUCGUGGGCAUUCGGGCCUACGAGCAGCUCGGCCUGACGGCGUUCGGUCACGCGGGGAAGAUUCUGGCAGCCGUCGUCAUAACGUUACAUAACAUUGGAGCCAUGUCCAGUUACCUGUUCAUAGUGAAGUACGAGUUGCCGCUGGUGAUCCAAGCCUUCCUCGGUCGGACCACCGGCUCAGAUGAGUGGUUCAUGAACGGAAACUACCUCAUCCUCCUGGUCACCGUGUGCGUCAUCCUCCCGCUGGCCCUGAUGAAGCACCUGGGUUACCUCGGUUACACCAGCGGCUUCUCUCUGACCUGCAUGGUCUUCUUCCUCACGGCGGUCAUUUACAAGAGGUUCAACAUCAACUGCCCCCUGGAAGCCUUUGGCAACAUCACCGCGAGCACAGACGUCCCAGGAGACACGUGCACAGUCAAGUUCUUCACCAUCAACCAAGAGACGGCGUACACCAUCCCCAUCCUGGCCUUCGCCUUCGUUUGUCACCCCGAGGUGCUCCCCAUCUACACUGAGCUCAGAGAUCCGACCAAGAGGCGAAUGCAGAACAUUGGCAACGUUUCCAUCCUGGGGAUGUUCAUCAUGUACUUCCUAACGGCCGUGUUCGGCUACCUGACCUUCUACGACAACACGGAGGCAGAGCUGCUCCACACCUACAGCAGAGUCAACCCCCUGGACGUCCUGAUCCUGUGUGUGCGUCUGGCCGUGCUGGUGGCCGUGACUCUCACCGUUCCCGUGGUUCUGUUUCCCAUCCGUCGAGCCCUGACGCAGCUGCUGUUCCCGGGGAAACCCUUCCACUGGCUCCGUCACGUCAUCAUCGCUGCGUCUUUGCUGUUUGCCGUCAACCUGCUCGUCAUCUUCGUGCCCAACAUCCGGGACAUCUUUGGCAUUAUUGGUGCCACCACGGCUCCCAGUUUGAUCUUCAUCCUUCCUGGACUCUUCUACAUUCGCAUCAUCCCCACCGACCAGGAGCCCAUGAAGUCCAGACCAAAGAUACAGGCUGCGUGUUUCACAGCUCUGGGUUUUAUAUUCAUGACCAUGAGCCUGACGUUCAUUGGAAUCGACUGGAUGAGCGGAGAAAAGCGAAAUCUGGGCGGCCACUGAAGCAGAUCCUUCCUCCAGCUCCUAUGGGUGGAAAGCCAAGACUCCACCUCCCGCUGGAUGGUUCUGGGCUUCAGAGAGACUGUUCUUAUCCCACAUGGACAAUCCGAUCCUCCAGACGCUGAGAGGAGCUUUGAGCCGUCAGGUGGACACACACCAUCAGAAUCUAUCACAGCUGGUGACGAGGCCUCUGCCCUGACAUAAGCUAAGUGUGGUUCUUAUUAAUGCAAUAUGAAGAGUGAACUGUGCAAAUGUAAUUCUGCACAGUUUGGUGCUGCUUGAAUAUCUAUUUCAAAUAGAUCUCAUCAUGGUGUUUAACACUGAUUUGUUCCUGCUUAGACAGCCACAGUGCAAGUUCUUAAACACACGCAAAUGAUUCACCUCACGUGAUGGACUGUGUACUGUAAUUCUGCAGAUCAGUAAUUAGCCAAAGUCUGACGCCAAGUUCAUAUAACUUUGGACCAAGUCAUUCAUUUGUGAAUUUUGUUUAAUAAAUAUUUACA